AUGAAUCUUAUACCACGUAUUAUUCCCGGGGCAUUAAAUAAUGCGAAUAAAGAUGCUAUCGAUUGGAAUCAUCAUGGCCAUCUGGCAUAUGGAUGUCAAUCAACUAUAGUUGUACUUGAUUCGCAAUCAUUUCGAGUUUUACAAUGUAUGGAAAAAUAUCAUGAUAUAAUUACUAAAGUUAAAUGGUUUCCGGAUUAUUUUUAUCACAAUUUAGAUGAUUCCUAUAGUUUAAAAUUAGCAAGUGCUGAUUCAAAUGGAAAUAUUUUAAUUUGGGAUGUUUAUAAAUCAUCAGUUCAAUGUGAAUUUCGUGAUGGAAACAAGCCAAUAACUGAUAUGCUAUGGUAUGCAUGUGAUAAUAAUCCUCAACUUCUACUUGUAGUUCAUUCACCAAAUAUUGUAAUAUUAUGGAACACACAAACAGGAACAAAAAUUUGGCGUAUUGUUUACGAUCAGGAGCGUCAAAAAGAUGUAGAAACAUUUCAACAAAUUAUUCAAGAUCCAUUUAAUCAUCAACGAGCUAUUUUAUUGGGUCAAUCUAGUUUAGCAUUUAUUGAAGAUUUUUCACCAAUAAAUACUCCUAGCGGUCAAAAUCGAAGAUUUUAUAUAUCAAACACCAAUAAUAAUAAUAAUAGUAAUAGUGGCAAUAAAGCAAAUCCGUCAUCUAAUAAUAACGGUCGAACGCCAUCGAUUAGUUCAAUAUCAUCAACAAGUAGUCAAUUAACAACACGUCUUAAAACAAUUAUUGAAGGAACUGAACAUUCCAAACAAGAUGAUCAAUCAUCAUCAAGUGUUGUUAGUUUGAAUGAUUGUAUACAAAUCUUAUUUCAUCCAAUGCAUCGUCAUUUGAUUUUAAUUGUUUAUCCACGUGAAAUAUUAAUAUUUGAUUUACAAAUUUUACAAACUGUAGGAACAAUUUCCUGUGAAAAACAUUCAGCUGCAUUUUAUAAAAUUUAUGGUUGUCGUCGACGUGAUACAUUUAUAUGUUUUCAUGAAAGUGGAACCAUUAGUGUUCGAAAUAGACAUUUAGAAAAUAGCACCAUAACAGCUCUUCAAUCUGCAAAUUGCUUGUUGCAUGAUUUUGUCAUUGAUUUAACUUAUGAUUUGAUUUAUUAUUCUGACCCAUUUCGUUUGGUGAAAAAUACACGUAUUUGCUCGUUUUCUGUGUCGCCAAAGGAUGAAUCAUCGAUAAGUGUUAUUCUUACGGAUGGAAAAGUUUUAUUUUGGAAUGUUGAUCAAAAACCUUUAUCAACAUCAUCACACGGCGGUGAAACUUAUACUGAAGGAAAUGUUGGAAAUCGUAUUCCAUUAGGUGGAGUUAUGUUUGCUGCGCCAACGGGGCCUUAUGUAUUGAGCAUGUGUCCACCAAUGACUGUAAAAAAUUAUAAAGAAUGGCAACCAUUAUUAGCUGUUGGUUGUACGAAUGGAGAUGUUGUAGUCUUCGAUCUGAAUGAUGGUACUAUUCAAAGACAGUUAGCUGUUCAUUCGUGUGCUGUUCGUGGAUUGCUAUGGUUAAACUCUCAAUUAAUUUUGUCUUGGGCAUACCAAACACCUAGUGAUGGUCGUUCUACAGUUCGCAAUGAAAUAUUUAUGAUUCAUUUUCAAUCAGGACGACAAGAAGCAUUUCGAUCUGAAAUAAAUUGUGACGAAUCACCUAUUGAAAGUUUAAAAGCUUCUCAUACAAAGAAUUAUUUAAUUAUUCUUUUUCGUGAUCAACCAUUUGAAUUAUGGGAUCUGAAAUCAUUUACAAUCAUACGACGUUUGCCAAAAAAAUGUCCAAGAAUUUUAGCAUUAGAUUGGUCACCAAAUGUUAUAGUUAUGAAAAAAACAACUGGAGAAACGAAUCCGUUAGUUGUUACUAAAGUACAAACUAGCACGGAAGCUGAAUAUGACUCUAAUCGAACUACAGCCGAAUCUGAAAAUACUUCGAAUGAUUUUGAGAAAAAGUUAUCACGUGAAAAUUUCAUCUUCACUGAUGAAUAUAAUUUAUUGUACCAUUUUUAUGUGGAAGGACGAACAAUUAAAGAAGUUGCAACUGUUCCGCCUGAUCAUUCAUCAUCAAUGGCUACUGAUUUAGUAUUAAAAGGUGAUUAUCUACUAUCUUGUGAUGUCGAGGGUAUCUUAAAAAUAUUUAAUAUAAAACUCAAACAGAGCAAAACUUUUAAUACAAAACGAAGUUCUAUUCGUAAAGUUCGUUUUGCACCUGGUAAAGGUAAUUUUCGUGCAUUUGUUCUAUUUAAUGAUGGUGUUGAUAUAUGGGAUGUACGAGAUAGAGAUCGUAUCAGUACAUUAAAAUUUCCACGUGAUACAAUUCAAGUUACUGAUGGUGAUUGGGCAAGUUCGGAUAAAAUUAUUUUAGCAUGUUCUGAUCAUUGUUUACGAAUAUAUGAAAUGAGUCUCGUUGAUUCCUCCAGUUCACUUGAAUUUCAAACAAUCCCGCAAUCUACACUUUAUCCAUAUGUAAUACCAGGACGUCAUGCUAAUUUAUUAAAACAUCUGUUAUGCAUCAACAACGGUUCAAUCGAUGCUUUAAUAGCCAAAUGUGAAGAUGCAAAUUUACAGGGAUUACUUGAAAAAGAACUCGCUAAACUUGACGCACACUCAAGAACAUACUUAACGAAUACAAGUUCAACCAUUGAUCGAUGUUUAUUUGUUGCUAAUCUAUUUAAUGAUCCAUGGGAACAAUCAUUUUGGCGUUUAACUGAAUACUAUCUCUAUGCAUACGGUACAUUGAAUGAAAAUUCAAAUCAUUCCUCAUUACCCCUUCUAUCAACUUAUGAUUUACUUCUUGAUGCCAAAACAUUUGAACAAAUUCAAUUAGAACGAACCAUUCGUCGUGAUAUUAAAUCAGUAUCCUCUUCAGUAUCAAUCAAUCAAUGUAUUGAUUCCUAUAUUGCACUUCAACAAAUCGAUCGUGCUGUGCAACUUCUACUUGAUACAGAUCCAGCUGAUGAUACAUAUGCAAUAAAUUGUAUAAAAGCUUGUCUCAUAUCUUCAAUGCAAAAACAAGCAAAUGAAACGCCUAAAAAUACUGUCACAAAAUUAGUUGCAACGAAUUUAAUUGCGAAUGGAAAAGUUGAUGAAGGCGUACAACUACUAUGUACAAUCGAUUUAUGUGCUGAAGCAUGCCGAUAUUUGCAAGACCAUAAUCAAUGGGAACGUUCAAUAUGGUUAGCUAAACUACGACUUAAACCAAAUUCAAAUGAGUAUACUGAUGUUAUUAAACGAUGGUCAGAAUAUAUUCGUUUGCAUUCGCCGACAUCAAAAAUGAAUUCAGCUUUAAUUCUAAUCUCGUGUGGACAGUUUCGUCGUGCUAUUGAAGUUUUACAUAAUCAAGGGGCAAUUGAAUUAGCAAUACGUUUAUUUGUAAGUUGUAAACAAUUUUCUAUUGACGAUGGUACAAUAGGAGAGAAACUAUUCGACGAUUAUACAGAUCUAAUGCGGUCGUUUAGUUUUACUUCAAUCGCCAACGACUACCGAACAACAAUUGUUGUAUGA